AUGCCUCGUUAUCCUCUGAAGUCGGCCAUCAUCCUGGCGAUUGCUGUAACAUGCGUUCUUAUUACCCUACUUUACUUCCACCUAAUAGAAAGCAUUCGAGGCUUAUUCUCAUCAGAAACGAAAGUCGAAACGUAUAACUUCCAGGAGACCGCAGAGGAGGCGGCAUGCUUCAAUGAUGGCAGCGACGUGUCUAACCCAAUCCCCAAUGUCGUCCACUUCAUAUGGGGAAUCCAGAACCCCGAAAUAAAUUUCAUCACCUACCUCGCGAUCCGGUCGGCGCUGGUCUCCCUCCAGCCCGACACGCUGAAGAUUCACUACGAAGAGCUCAACAUCGACAAUAUCUGGUUCCAGAAGCUGCGGGAUAACGUUACGCUCGUCCACCACGAUAUGACUCUCGAAUACCCGAAACAGAUGCAAGAGAAAUGGCAAGUCAGCCAUCUUGCUGAUGUGCUGCGCCUAGACAUUCUCUGGCAAGAAGGCGGGAUCUACCUAGACACGGAUGUCAUUGCUCUCCAGUCCUUCGAUACUCUUCGACACAAUGAGAGAGGUGUUCUCCUUGGCCACGAGGGUGGGGAUCGCCACGGCCUCUGCAACGCCGUCAUCGUCGCACGUCAAGAUGCGUCAUUUAUUCACCGGUGGAUAGAGAGCUAUCGCGACUUCUCUGCCGCGCAAUGGAAUUACCACUCUGUCGUCCUUCCGAAGCAAAUGGCGUUAGACUUCCCAGACCAGGUCUGCCCGCUAGCUCCAACGGUCUUCUUCUGGCCAACAUGGACAAUCCGUCAUGUCGAGUUCAUGCAUGGGCCAGUCACCGCAGACGAGGCUAAGAAAGUGGAGGAUCGGCUGAAUGUAUACGACGGCGGAUUGCACCGCGAUCAGCUGGCCUAUCACGCGUGGAAUCAGGUAGCUCGAAAGUAUCUGGAACAGCUCACGCCAGAUAUUGUGAGGGAUAAGGAUACUCGCUUCAAUAUCAUGAUCAGGAGAUUCCUCUAG